AAAACCAAGAUGAGAGAUAACAUCCGUAUUUAUUGAAAGUAAUUUGAUUUUGAAGAUGUAACGUUCCAAUUUGUAUGUAUAGACUCAAUGGGUCCCACUAAAUUCCUACUCGGAUCCUUUCUUCGUUUUUUGUGCCCUAUUUCUCACCCUGAUCACUACCUACACCCAUCACUCAUGCCUUCAGAAUUCACUCACAGCUUUCUUUCUUAUUACUGCAUUUCCCUUUCUGAUUUUUGGUUUCUUUCAGCUACAUUUUGCAGAGUUUUUGGAGGGUGUUUAUUUUAUCUUCGUGAAACAAGAUGGUGAAGAAGAAGAAGACAAGGACCGAGGAUACUGAGGAUUGGUGUUUUAUGUGCAAGGAUGGAGGAUUAUUAAUGGUCUGUGACCAUGGGGGUUGCCGGAAAGCUUAUCAUCCUCUUUGCGUGGGUAAAGAUGAUUCCUUUUUGGAGAAUGGAAGUGAAUGGACUUGUAGUUCACAUUUUUGCUCUCUCUGCCAUAAAGUGUCCAAGUUUAAGUGCUUUUGCUGCCCAAAAGCUACUUGUGGGAAAUGCUUUUAUGAUGCUGACUUUGCUAUUGUCAAAGGGAACAAAGGAUUUUGCAGUCACUGCUUAAAACUUGCUCUUCUAAUAGAAGAUGAUGCUGGCAUUGAUUCUGAUGGGGAAUUGGUAGAUUUCAAAGAUCAAGCUACAUAUGAAUUCUUAUUUUCAGAAUAUUAUAAAAGCAUCAGAGAAGAAGAAGGGCUGAACUCUAAACAUGUACACUCUGCCCAUAGAUUUUUUAAGAAUGGCAAAAGCAAAUGUGACUUGGAUCCAGAUGAAAUAGGUGUAGAGGAAGAUGACACUUGUAAUUCUGAAGACGUGAGUAACUAUAUGGUUUCUGAUUGUGAUGACCUGAGUGACACAGCAGGAUCAAAGUCCGGGAGGACAAAGAAGGGUAUGGGAAAGUUAAAAUCAAUGAAAGAAAGUGGGAAAGAUAAGAAAAAAGAAUUUAUUGGAUGGGGUUCGAGAAGUCUCAUAGAAUUUCUUGAAUAUAUAGGCCAGGACACGAGCAAUGAAUUUUCUGAACAGGAUGUCACUUCAAUCAUUAUUAAGUACUGCAGAGAAAACAAUCUUUUUGACCCUAAGAAAAAGAGAAAGAUACAUUGCGAUGCGCGGUUGAUAUCCUUACUGCGGAGGAAAUCGGUAAACAAAAACAGGAUGCAGAAUCUUCUGGCACCACACUUUGCUGAGAAUUGUCAAGAAAUGGAUGAUAUUAUUAGCAGUUCUGAAGAUAGGGAUUACAAUGAACCAUCCAACUUGUCAAGAAAGAGAAAAUCGAUUUCAUGUACAAAAUCUGAUAAUGUGGAUAUAGUUUCUGAAGGGCAUCAAAGCUGUUUUGCAGCCAUAGUUAGUUCGAACCUCAAGCUUGUCUACUUGAAGAGGAGUUUAGUGGAUGAACUUUCAAAGCAACCACAAACUUUUGAUGGCAAAGUGCUAGGAAGUUUUGUAAGAAUCAAAACUGAUCCGAAUGACUAUUUGCAGAAGAAUUCACAUUUGCUUGUGCAAGUUGUUGGAAUAAACAGAUCUUUAAACAAUGAUGAAAUCAACAAGGAAAUUAUGCUUCAACUUUCUAAUGUGCCGAAAAGUGUACCUAUCUCCAAAAUUUCAGAUGAUGACUUUUCUGAGGAGGAAUGUCGAGAUCUGUAUCAGAGAAUGAGAAACGGUCUGCUCAAACAGCCUACCGUGCUGGAUCUUGAGCAGAAAGCUAGAAGUCUACAUGAAGAUAUAAUAAAGCAUUGGAUCCCAAGGAAGUUAGUAUUAUUACAAAACCUGAUUGAUCGGGCAAAUGAAAAGGGAUGGAGGAGAGAACUUUCUGAGUACUUAGAUGAAAAGCUGAAGCUUGAGACACAGUUCGAGCAAUCACGUUUGUUAAAUGACAUUCCGAAAGUAAUUCCUGAAAUAGUUGAUGCCACCCUAUCCCCGGACGGUUCCCCUGAUAAACUUGAGCAAAGCGGCUUGUCAGAAUUAGCCAGUGGACUGACUUGGAACUCUGUCGGACAGUAUUCCAAACACAUUGGUUUUGCUCAUUGCCUAAAUAAUACAAUAGAUGCUGCAGGUCCAAAAUCUCCAGUGAAGGAAGACCAAGAGGGCACAACCUUUCCUGUUGCCAGUACUGCUUCCCAAGAUAAAGACACUUCUCAAAAGAAUAUGCCUCAAUCUUCUACCUCAAAAGCAAGGUAAGAUGAUCCUGAGGCCAAACUCUUUGAAAAAUUUAACUAUCCAGCAAAACAUGAUUCUGGCCAACUGAGGAACACUGAUGAAUCUGGU